AUGUCGACCGACGAGUCCAAGCAUCCUUUCCCACCUUUCACGCUUGAGACUGCCAAGCAGAAAGUCAAAGCCGCCCAACAUAUGUGGAAUAGCCAAGAUCCGUCCAAGAUCUGUCUUGGGUACACUCCGGACUCUGUCUGGCGGAACAGGGACAGCUUCCUCCAGGGCCGAGAGGCUAUUAUCCAGUUCCUCAGUGCCAAAUGGGCACGGGAAAAGCAGUAUAAGCUGAGGAAGGAGCUGUUCGCUUUCACGGAUAAUAAGAUCGCAGUGCAGUUCCGGUAUGAGUACUAUAACGAGGCAGAAAGCCAGUGGUAUAGAUGUUAUGGCCUCGAGGAUUGGACAUUCGCGCCUAACGGGCAGAUGGAGAAACGCCAGAUGUCAGGAAACGACGUCAAGAUCCGAGAAGAGGCGCGGUGGUUUGCAGAUGGGACGACCGAGGCGGAGUGGGAUGUUGUCCCUAUUAGCGCUGCGCAUUGGUGAGGCGCUGAUGUUGCUAGAAAUAGGUUGGGCGUAAGAAAUAAGCCGAGUUGACAAUCGAAUCGUUAACUGC